GUAAAUGCCCUAGCGUGUAGCCCCAGCAGUAGAGUAGCCAAAGUGAACUAGUGAAUGAAAGGUGUGUCAAUGUAAAAGAAGUAUUUCUUUGAGUUUUUUUCUUUGGUAACGCCUAAACAGUUGAUACUUAGUAUUGUAUGUGGAAAUCCGGUAACCUGAACUUUAAAGGACAUGGAGGCCAAUUGAUAAAGUGAAGUCUUGAAUCGCAAGUGUUAAAUAUACAACAUUGCUGGAUUUAUCCUUAUAAUCCGACAUUGUUAACCCUUCAUUAUUGAAGUGACAGUGUUUAAUGUUUUGUCAGCUGCACUAGUUCGAAUCUUGAGAUUCAAAGAUGAUCAUGAGUGUGGAAUUCUCGUUCUAAGAAUAAUUUGAAUAGUUUGGAAUAAUACAGAAACAAAUUAUUUUCACAAAAUGUGGAAUAUGAUGUGUGACGUAAUGCCAACUAUCGUGGAAGAUAGUAUCAGCCAGCGAAGCUCUCAGUUCUCUGGUGAAGAUGCUAAUUUUGAGCAACUUAUGGUUUCUAUGCUGGACGAGAGAGAUAAGUUGAUGGACUCUUUGCGCGAAAGCCAAGAAAGAUUGCAAGAGGCAGAAUCAAGACUUCAAGAAUUAGAGAAAGAACGAGAUGCUUUAAAUCGACAAAUUACAGCAAGUGUGCCUCAGGAAUUUUCUCAAUUGACAAAAGAAUUGACAUCCGCUCGAGAAAGUAUUUUGGAGAAAGAAGAAGAGAUUUCAGAAUUGAAAGCUGAGCGAAAUAAUACUAGGUUGCUGCUUGAGCAUUUGGAAUGCUUAGUCUCACGUCACGAGAGAUCCCUGCGCAUGACUGUUGUAAAAAGGCAAGCUGCUGCCCAGUCAGGCGUAUCAUCUGAAGUGGAAGUAUUAAAAGCAUUAAAAAGUUUAUUUGAGCACCACAAGGCAUUAGAUGAAAAGGUACGAGAAAGGUUACGUGUAGCUCUUGAGAAAAACGCUAGUUUAGAGGAAGAAUUAGGACAUACCAAAGAAGAGCUUCAGCAGUAUAAAAUAAGUGGAUAUCCACCAAAGACUGUGGACGAUAGACCUAAGGAAAAUGGCCAAACAGAUGAUAGUCAACAACAUAAUAAGAAUGUAGAGAUAAGUACUUGGCAACGUAGAAUUGGAGAAUUAAGUGGUCGAAUAACGGAAUUAGAGGAAAACUUAUCUAAGGCCCAAAAAGAAUUUUUAAGAUCCCAAGAAACAAAUGUUAAGCUACAAAGAGACUUACGGGAAAAUGUUGCACAAAAAGAAGAUCAAGAAGAGAGAAUUGUUACCCUUGAGAAACGGUAUCUUAACGCUCAACGUGAAUCUAUUAGUUUACAUGAUUUAAAUGAGAAACUAGAGCAGGAAUUGCAACACAAAGAAGCUCAACUUAAGUUGCAAGAAGAAAAAAUAAAUGCAAUUCAGGAAAAAUUGGAACUAGCCGAGCAAAAAUUGGCUCAGUAUGCGAAAAUGCCUGAAAUGGAAGAACAAUUAAAACAGAGAAUGGAGGCAUUGACCCAGGUGAGGAGGCCAAAUCAGGCCCAAGAAAGGCACGGUAGCGCUGAAGAUAGAAUUCAAAGACUGGAAACGCAAUUGGAAGAAAAGAGUGCUGAAGUAAUGCGACUUAACCAGCGUCUUAAAAUGAAUGAAGAGCAUAAUACACGACUAAGCACUACAGUAGACAAGCUUCUCUCAGAAUCAAAUGAAAGGUUACAAGUACAUCUUAAAGAAAGAAUGAAUGCAUUAGAGGAGAAGAAUGCUCUUCAGCAAGAAUUGGAAAGAACGAGAAAAAUAACGGAAGACUUGCAGAAUGAAAAAGCAGAUUUAGUUAAGGAAUUAGGAAAGGCUCGACUUGAAAUAGAUAGUAUAAAGAGGCAAAUGCUUCAACAGGAAAUUGCUUUUAAUAUUCAGCAAACCGACGCUCUGACCAGAAGUCUUUCACCGAAUGCAGUGGAUUCAGUAGCUUUCUCAAGAAGCGCAAGUCAUGGCAGUUUCGAAACACAUUCUUUGCCAAGGAGAGCGGUUAGAAGAUCAGUAGACGAAGAGUCAUCAAAGGGUUAUGUGGCGAGAACUUUGGCGGAACAAGAGUGGGAAAAACUACAGCAGGCUCAUGUUCUUGCCAAUGUUCAGCAGGCAUUUGACGUCUCUAGCGAUGCCGAGGGCGAUGUUGACAAUGAAAGUAUAUUUAGUUCAGCUGCUGAUGUACUCAGUUCGACUGGUCACACUGACACUCAGCAACUGGCAAUGAUGCUACAGGAACAACUAGAUGCUAUCAAUAAUGAAAUAAGACUUAUACAGGAAGAGAAACAAAACACGGAAGCGAGGGCAGAAGAACUAGAAUCAAGAGUUGGCAGUCUCGAACACAUGAAUUUAUUAUCAAGAGGCAGAAGUUUGGAACGUUCUUCUCCACCGCUUAGUGGCCGCUCUACACCAAAAUCGCAUCACAGUCCAAACAGGGAUUACUUGCAUAAAUAUCAUACUGCGCCAGCUUCAAUGUCGCCAGCACAUCUUCAUCAUUAUGCCACAUCUUUGGUGAGUCCAGGUCAACUCUCUGAAUCACUUCCUGCUAGCCAGUUGCAGUUAUCUGGAGAAGAGUUACAUUCAGUUAGUGAACGAGAUGGUGGUGCAGGUAUUGGAAGUAGUAGCGACAUUGCCUCUCCGUUAACUGCCAGAUCACUGAGAUUAGAGCGAGUUGUACAAGCAUUAGCUCACAGUCAAGAAGAAUUGAGAAGGCAUGGUCAACAUAACAAUGGAGCUCUCAACUCUGGGACAACUCCUUCUCCCUUGUCAUCGCGGCACAGUAGCCAGGACAGUUUAUACAAGAAUAGUUUAAGUGGUGGACUUCCAGCUGGACAAUUCACUAGUUCGUAUUUGCAUAUGCCAAUGACACUUAGUCCAAUAACUGCAGCAACUGUUGCAGCAGCACAAAAGAAGAAGGGUAUUAAGAGUAGUCUUGGAAGAUUUUUCAGUAAAAAAGAAAAGAUAAAGGGUAAAGAUGCGAUUAUGCCGGGCGAUCUUCCGGGUAUGGGAGGAUUAAGUUUAUUUACUGAUUCUGAUUACGGCGAAAAUAUUGCACUACCAGGAGGAAUGGCUGGCAAGACUGAAUUCGACCGUAGAAAAAAGAAAAGUAUGUUAGACUCUUCUCGGCAUGAACUACUAGCGGAAGCAAUGAAAGCCGGUACUCCUUUUGCUUUGUGGAAUGGACCAACAAUAGUAGCUUGGCUAGAACUUUGGGUUGGAAUGCCGGCUUGGUACGUUGCCGCUUGUCGAGCCAAUGUGAAGAGUGGAGCAAUAAUGAGUGCAUUGAGCGACACUGAAAUACAGCGAGAAAUUGGAAUCAGCAAUCCUCUUCAUCGACUGAAAUUGAGACUGGCUAUUCAAGAAAUGGUAUCACUGACCAGUCCUUCUGCACCAAAGACAUCGCGCACUACAUUAGCCUUUGGAGACAUGAAUCACGAGUGGAUUGGAAAUGUUUGGCUUCCGAGUCUUGGUUUACCACAAUAUCGGUCAACCUUCAUGGAGUGCCUUGUAGAUGCCAGAAUGUUAGACCACCUCACUAAAAAAGACCUUCGAGGACAACUUCGAAUGGUCGAUAGUUUUCAUAGGACAAGUUUGCAAUAUGGUAUUUCCAGUUUGAAGAGAUUAAAUUAUGAUAGACAACAGUUAGAGGAAAGAAGACGUAGUGCUGAAGGUAAAAAUAUAGACGUUAUUGUUUGGAGCAAUGAUCGUGUGAUAAGAUGGGUGCAAUCUAUAGGAUUAAAGGAAUAUGGAAAUAACCUUUUAGAAUCUGGAGUUCAUGGCGCUCUUGUAGCACUUGAUGAGAGCUUUGAUGCAACUAGUUUUGCUCUUACUCUGCAAAUUCCAACUCAAAAUACGCAGGCGAGGCAAAUUUUGGAAAUGGAAUUUUUGAAUUUGCUCACAACAGGGACAGAGAGAAGAAUUGACGAGUCAAAUAGUUUGAAAUCCUGAUCAAAUUCAUCGAGGCUAUUACACCUCCAACUACAUCAUGUCUAGUCCGAACCCCCAGCUAACUAUUAUUAUCUAUUCGCGAGUGUUAUGUAUAACGACAGUAAGAGCUUUAUGUAUCACUGUUGAGAGCAUGCUCUUGAAUGUGGUAAUGUAAAAAUGAUAAUGGUAUGAUAUUAAUGUCGUGAUCAGUUUCCUACUCGCACAAUGAAAUUUUAAACAUUAUAAAUUAAAAUAAAGUGUGACGUGUGGAAUGCCAUGUGCCAUACUGUUUAUUUGUAAAGUAGUUAUUUAAAAUUAAAAACUGUACAGAGAUGGAAGCAUGACACGCAGAAUUUUCUUUAUUAUCGAAGGCUAAAGUAUGUGCACCGAUCAUUCCAGCGGCUCUAAUAAGCAUAAAUGUUUACUUUUAAAUCUUUACUUUCUUGUACAAAUCUUGAUUAAUAGAUGUAUUUUAGUGCUUCACAUUAACUCUUCAUCAUACAAUCGUAGAUAUUCAGAAAUUUACCCAUUGAGUUCAUUAUUGUACAUAAUUAGAUCAAGUGUAGUUAUUGUAAAAUAUACUUUUCUUUUUCAAAUUGACACAUUGCGUAAAUGUUUGUGUCAUCAAGUCUAGUUUUUAAAAAUUGCAUUAGGAGUCUUUUAAUUUCUUUUUAAACCUAGAACUCAAUGUUUAAAACUAGUAGUUCUGUUAAAUUAAUUAAAUUAAUUUUUUUACUUACAUUUAUCGUUCUUGUAGUUUUAGUUAUACUACAAAUUUUAUAUAACUUUUUUAAGAAAUUUUUUAAAAAUAUUUAUAUUUACCUGUUUAUAUAAGCAUUUAAAUACAACUAAUUUUGCACAGUUACUCAUAAUCCGAUGUUCAGUAUUAUUAAUAACAUAUUGAGUGAGACGAACAAAAGAAGAAAAUAUUUAUGAUUUUAAAAAACUGCGCUUUGUACUUCUUUCUCUGUACAAUAUUAUCAGAGUAAACUAUAGUAUAAAGUGCAUAAAUAUGGGGCAUUUUAGGUUAAGUAAAAUCAAAUUUCCGAUUGUGUUCAAUCUCAGAUAAUUCCUAUCCUUACAAUAUCGACGUUUGUAAACUUGAAAUUAAUUACCUUAUCAUCAUUGUUACUAAAUCAUCAGGAGCGCGAGUGUCCAUCUACUUUGACGUGCAUUGUGCAUAUUAUAUUAUUUCUCGCAUGCCUAUUAUGUAUACAAUUCAAAUUCAAUCAGAAAACAACUUUAUAUAAUAAAUGAAUUGGAAAGUUUAACUACUUUACUUUUGAUUGGUGCUAAUCAAAAAUUAUUUAUCAAUUGCUAAAAAUGAGCGCAGUUAAAUGAUUCACGAGUCAUCAUUUUUAAAAAUGUAUUUACAUAAACAAUUGUAUCCGAAUGCAUGCAAAAUGUAAAUAAAACUUAUAAAUAACUUGG